UGCUGGUGAAAUGUUGCUCUCAUGUCUUUUUCAUGAGGAACACCAAAAAAAAGUGGUACAAAGAGGGAAGCAACUUAUUUCAACAAAUGUGGACUUUUUUUUAAUGUGUGUUGUUCAACUAUGCCCCUGAUUUUUUUUCUAUAGCAGUAGAAAUUGUGUUAGAUUUUUCCAUCACGUGAUAUAAGAUAAGUGAAGCGGUUCUUUUGGCCUGGAAGGACGCAAGUCCAGUUUCGGUACAGUGGAGAGAGAUUAGCUGGGCACUGUGCACAGGGCAUGUUGUCGUUAAUCCUCCAUUUUCCCCCCUUCUUCCUGUAGGGUUUUUCGCCCUCUCUUCUCUCUUCUCCAUGGCCAACGUAGCGAGAGCCGUGCCUCUGCCGGAGCUGUGCGCCGACAACUGCGCGCUGGUUGACGAGGAGCAAUUUCAAGCUUUCGUCCGGAGGGGCCGCAGUUUAACCGACAAGAUCCUGCUUUCCGUCCCGGACGCGCACACGUCGUGCGUCCAUAUCGAGAGUCUUCAGCUGAACUCCGAUGACAACGCAAAGCUCGGAACGGUGGCAUCCAUCAUGAACUUUCCUGCUGCUCCCGUGCUGAGGAUUGCAUCAGAAAAAGUGGAGAUGAGCCUGAGACAUAUGCACGAAGUUCUUCAGCAGAGUCGAGCCUUGCUUAGCUUUGUCUGUCCUCGGCUACAAAACACACAAACAGUCACAGACCUAAUGGACGAUGUCAGAGAUCUCAGCAUUCAAAUUAGUAAGAUGCUUAAAAUGCUCCAGACAGAAUACGUCGUGCAGACACCACCACCCAGCGUGACAUUACGUCUACCGGGGGAAUACGAGGUUCAAGUGGCCACCCACCUAACACUGGACCGGCUUCGGUCGCUGAGCCAGGACAUGGCCGACUUCUUCGGUAGUCUCGACCGCAGCAAUGAGGAAACAUCGCUGCAGCCUGACACGUCUUAAUUAACUCUGCUUUGUUUUUAUAACUAGAAAUAUUUAAUGAUUACUAAUGUUCUAUUUUUCUAUUUACAUAUUUAUUUUUAUGGUCAGUCCUAAUAUUUAUUUGAGGUAUUUAUUUCUAUGUGAAUGCACUAAUAUGACUUGUUGCCUUGUGUCUAUACAUACCAAAACAUGCCUGUUGUCAAGACAAUAACAAGUUAUUUAUUUAUGACAAUAAAAUACUAAU